AAUUAAUGAAGAAGAAACUAAGAUGAAACAAAACCCUAAACAUUGAGCAUUGUGUUCAUACACAUUGCACGAACACCACAAAAAAAGACAUAAUAUCGCAAAUUCGGUGCCUCGAUCUUCGUGAUUCCACAAAAUAAUUUCCUUUCUCCAGACAUCACUCCUCCAAGUUUCUUUGCUACUGUCCCACUUUACUCUGAAACUAUUUGAAAAAACAAUACUCUAAAUUUACCAACACUUUUAUUAUGCACUGCUUUUAGUAUGAUAACUUUGACUAUUUUUUGAAGAGAAUCUCUAGGAAAAAAAAAAGUUUCUUCUUUUCUCACUACAAUUUUUCUCAAAUCAAAGAAAACAGAGGAAAUUAUGGGUUCAUCUGGCAAAAAUGAGCAUAGUUUUCUCUAUGUUGUGGCUAGCAACUUUGAUGUUCUUGCAGGGCCAUUAGUUGCUCUUGUUUAUCCUCUAUAUGCUUCAAUCAAAGCCAUAGAAAGUGGUUCAAGGUCAGAUGAUCAACAAUGGCUUACUUAUUGGGUGUUAUAUUCCUUAAUCACCAUCUUUGAACUCUCAUUUGCCAAAGUCCUUGAAUGGUUUCCUAUAUGGAGUUAUGCAAAGCUUUUUUUCACAUGCUGGUUGGUGCUACCUCAAUUCAAUGGAGCAACUUAUGUUUAUAGACAUUUUAUUAGACCUUUUUAUAUGAACCCACAAAUUACCACUUCUACCAUGUGGUAUAUUCCUAAGAAGAACUUAUUCAGCAAACAAGAUGAUAUUUUAUAUGCUGCAGAGAAGUACAUUGAACAAAAUGGAACUGAGGCAUUUGAGAGGAUCAUUAAAAAGGCUGAUAGAGAAGCAAAAGCAAGGAGGAAACACUACAUGAUUUUUGAAGAGGAUCAUAAAAUUCAUAAUAAAUAUAAUGGAUAUUACUGAUCUCUUUGAUAUGGCUAGCUCUCUCAUGAGUUGAUUCGACGGCCAGUUGAGCCAGUAUGUCUUGUUUCACUAACUUUGUUGCACCCUUGAGUUUUGGAUGUAAAUAUAUACUUCCUUCGUUUAUUUUUUUCUUUGUUGUACGGGAUGUACCAUUGUGGCUCAUCAAAUCCUCGGUUCUGACUCGUUUCCGUUGUAUGGACAUUAUUAAUUACAUUACUCUAUUUGUAGCUACUAGUUAGAUUUCCUUGCCAUGGAAACCAAUUUAUUGUGAUCUUUAGGGGCGAGGUGUUCGGAACAAUAUAUAUUGUUGAUUAAUGUAUGGACAUUGCUUCAUGUAAA